UAAAGGAAGGAGGCUGCACACCGAGGACGAUGCUGAGGUAUAAAAAGGGACAGUGCAACCGAGAGCUCCACAAUCCUGUUCGGCGUGUGGAUUUCUUGUUUGUUUCUCUUUCUUUGGUUGAUGCAGUGAGUGGGAGGAGAGAAUGAGCACAGAUGGAGAAAUGUCAAUCUUCGGGCCGGCCGCCCAGUUCCUCCGCAAGUCUGAGAGGGAGCGGACGGAGGCCCAGUCCCGCCCGUUCGACGGCAAGACGGCGUGCUUCGCCAGCGACGAGAAAGAGCUGUAUGUCAAGGCUGAGAUCCAGGACAGGGCGGACGGCAGAGUCACUGUGAAGACCGUGGAUGACAGAACUUUGACUGUCAGGGAGGACCAAGUGUUUCCCAUGAACCCGCCCAAGUUCGAUAAGAUUGAGGACAUGGUGAUGAUGACGCACCUCCACGAGCCCGCGGUGCUGUUCAACCUGAAGGAGCGGUACGCGGCGUGGAUGAUCUACACGUACUCUGGGCUGUUCUGUGUGACUGUGAAUCCUUACAAAUGGCUCCCGGUGUACAACCCGGAGGUGGUCCGGGCUUACAGAGGGAAGAAGAGGAUGGAGGUUCCCCCUCACAUCUUCGCCCUGUCCGAUAACGCCUACCAGUUCAUGCUCACCGAUCGUGAAAAUCAGUCUAUUCUCAUCACUGGAGAAUCCGGUGCUGGAAAGACUGUCAACACUAAACGUGUCAUCCAGUAUUUUGCGACAAUCGCGGUGUCUGCAGACAAGAAGAAGGAGGUGAACAGUAAGAUGAAGGGAACUCUGGAGGAUCAAAUCAUCCAGGCGAACCCUCUGCUGGAAGCUUUCGGGAACGCCAAGACGAUGAGGAACGACAACUCGUCUCGCUUUGGCAAAUUCAUUCGGAUACACUUUGGCACAACUGGUAAACUGUCGUCUGCAGACAUCGAAACGUACCUGCUAGAGAAGUCGAGAGUGACCUUCCAGCUGGCGGCGGAGAGGAGUUAUCACAUUUUCUAUCAGCUUACUUGCAACAAGAAGCCUGAACUGAUCGAUCUGCUUCUCAUCACCACCAACCCCUACGACUUCGCCUUCAUCAGUCAGGGCGAAAUCAGCGUCAAAAGCAUCAACGACGCCGAGGAGCUGAUGGCCACAGACGAGGCCUUGGAUAUUCUGGGCUUCACCGCGGAGGAGAAAACGUCCAUCUACAAGCUGACCGGAGCUGUGAUGCAUUAUGGGAACAUGAAGUUCAAGCAGAAGCAGCGGGAGGAGCAGGCGGAGCCAGAUGGCACAGAGGAAGCUGAUAAAGCGGCGUAUCUGAUGGGCCUGAACUCUGCUGAUCUGCUGAAAAGUCUCUGUUAUCCCAGAGUGAAGGUUGGAAAUGAGUACGUUACCAAAGGACAGAAUGUGCAACAGGUGUACAACUCCAUCGGCGCUCUCGCAAAGUCCGUCUACGAGAAGAUGUUUCUGUGGAUGGUCGUACGAAUCAACCAGCAGCUGGAUACAAAACAACCCAGACAACAUUUCAUUGGCGUUCUCGAUAUUGCUGGAUUCGAGAUCUUUGAUUACAACAGCAUGGAGCAACUCUGCAUCAACUUCACCAACGAGAAGCUGCAACAGUUUUUCAACCACCACAUGUUUGUGUUGGAGCAAGAAGAAUACAAGAAAGAGGGGAUUGAGUGGGAGUUCAUUGACUUUGGGAUGGAUUUGGCGGCCUGCAUUGAGCUUAUUGAAAAGCCAAUGGGGAUCUUCUCCAUCCUCGAGGAAGAGUGCAUGUUCCCAAAAUCAACCGACGCCUCUUUCAAGAACAAACUCUACGACCAACAUCUCGGGAAGAACAACUGCUUCUUGAAGCCCAAAACGGUCAAAGGCAAACCCGAGGCUCACUUCACUCUGAUGCACUACGCUGGCACUGUGGACUACAACAUCAGCGGCUGGCUGGAGAAGAACAAAGACCCUCUGAGCGAGUCUGUGGUGCAGCUCUACCAGAAGUCUUCGGUAAAGAUACUGGCCAUGUUGUAUGCAAGCUUUUCUGGAUCCGACGAAGCAGCUGCAGGAGGAACUAAAAAAGGAUCCAAGAAGAAGGGAGCAUCUUUCCAAACUGUGUCAGCGCUGUUCAGGGAGAAUCUCGGGAAGCUCAUGACGAACCUGAGAACGACUCAUCCUCACUUUGUCCGCUGUUUGAUACCAAAUGAGACCAAAACACCAGGUGCGAUGGAGAACCACCUGGUUAUCCACCAACUGCGCUGCAACGGCGUGCUGGAGGGGAUCCGGAUCUGCAGGAAGGGAUUUCCUAGCAGAAUCCUCUACGGGGACUUCAAGCAGAGAUACAGGAUCCUCAAUCCCAGCGCGGUUCCGGAGGGACAAUUUAUGGACAACAAGAAAGCUGCAGAGAAACUUCUGGGCUCCAUCGAUGUGGAUCAGACUCAGUGCAAGUUUGGACACACUAAGGUGUUUUUUAAAGCUGGUCUGCUGGGCGCUUUGGAGGAGAUGCGAGAUGAGCGGUUAGCUCACGUUGUGGCGUCCACUCAAGCUUUGUGCCGCGCCUACCUCGUUCGCUUGGAGUACCAGAGGAUGAUGGCCAGGAAGGAGGCAAUCUACACCAUCCAGUAUAACUUCCGCUCUUUCAUGAACGUGAAACACUGGCCGUGGAUGAAGCUGUAUUUUAAGCUCAAACCUCUCCUGAAGAGCGCUGAGGCGGAGAAGGAAAUGGCUCAAAUGAAGGUGGAUUUCACGAAGCUCAAAGAAGAUCUGUCCAAGUCAGAGAAUCGGCGGAGGGAACUCGAGGAGAAGAUGGUCUCCAUCGUACAAGAGAAGAACGACCUCCUCCUCCAGGUCCAGACAGAGGCCGACAACCUGCAGGAUGCCGAGGAGAGAUGUGAAGGCCUCAUCAAAAGCAAGAUCCAGAUGGAAGCCAAGCUGAAGGAGGUGACAGAGAGACUGGAAGACGAGGAGGAGGUCAACGCCGAGCUGACCGCCAAGAAGAGGAAGCUCGAGGACGAGUGCUCUGAACUGAAGAGGGACAUCGACGACUUGGAGCUCACCUUAGCCAAAGUGGAGAAGGAGAAACAUGCUGUAGAAAACAAGGUGAAAAACCUGACUGAAGAAAUCAUGAGCCAAGAUGAAAAUAUCGCCAAACUGUCGAAGGAGAAGAAAUCCCUGCAGGAAGCUCACCAGCAGACGCUGGACGACCUGCAGUCGGAGGAGGACAAAAUAAACACGCUGACCAAAGCCAAAACCAAACUGGAGCAGCAGGUCGAUGAGCUGGAAGCUUCUCUGGAACAAGAGAAGAAGGUCCGUAUGGAUCUGGAGAGAGCCAAGAGGAAGCUGGAGGGGGAUCUGAAACUCGCUCAGGAGUCCAUAAUGGAUCUGGAGAACGAGAAACAGCAGCUGGAUGAAAAGCUGAAAAAGAAAGACUUUGAGUCGUCACAGCUGCAGACAAAGAUAGAAGAUGAACAAGCUCUCGGUGCUCAGCUGCAGAAGAAAAUAAAAGAGCUCCAGGCCCGGAGCGAGGAGCUGGAGGAGGAAAUCGAGGCCGAGCGCUCGGCUCGAGCCAAAGUGGAGAAGCAGAGGUCUGAUCUGUCCCGGGAGCUGGAGGAGAUCACGGAGAGGCUGGAGGAGGCCGGAGGAGCCACCGCCGCUCAGGCUGAGCUCAACAAGAAGCGCGAGGCAGAGUUCCUCAAACUACGCAGGGACCUGGAGGAGUGUUCGCUGCAGCACGAGGCCACGUCGGCUGCCCUGCGCAAGAAACACGCAGACAGUGUGGCCGAACUGGGAGAGCAGCUGGAUAACGUCCAGAGGGUCCGGCAGAAACUGGAGAAGGAGAAGAGCGAGUUACGGCUGGAGAUGGACGACCUGGCGAGCAAUAUGGAAACCAUGGCCAAAGCAAAGAUUAAUUUAGAGAAAAUGUGCCGUUCGCUCGAAGAUCAACUGAACGAGGUGAAAACCAAAGAGGAGGAGCAUCAGAGGCUAAUAAACGACCUUUCAAGCCAGAAAGCUCGACUGCAGACAGAAAACAGUGAAAUGUCUCGCCGGCUUGAAGAAAAAGAGUCCUUAAUGUCACAGCUGACUCGGGGAAAACAGGCCUUUCUCCAGCAGAUUGAGGAGCUGAAAAGACUUCACGAGGAGGAGGUUAAGGCAAAAAACGCCCUGGCUCACGGUUUGCAGUCGGCUCGCCACGACUGCGAGCUGCUCAGAGAGCAAUACGAGGAGGAACAGGAGGCCAAAGCCGAGCUGCACCGCUGCCUGUCCAAGACCAACAGCGAGGUGGCUCAGUGGAGAACUAAAUACGAGACCGACGCCAUUCAGCGCACCGAAGAGCUCGAGGAGGCAAAGAAGAAGCUGGCGCUGCGUCUGCAGGAUGCAGAAGAAGCUGUGGAGGCCGUUAACUCCAAGUGUUCCUCUCUUGAGAAGACAAAACAGCGGUUGCAGGGAGAGGUGGAGGACUUGAUGAUGGAUGUCGAGAGGUCAAAUGCUGCUGCUGCGGCCUUGGACAAGAAGCAGAGAAACUUUGAUAAGGUUUUGUCUGAGUGGAAGCAGAAACACGAGGAAGGUCAGGCAGAGCUGGAGUCGGCCAUAAAAGAAGUUCGUGGUUUGGGCACCGAGAACUUCAAGAUGAAGAACGCCUUUGAAGAAACCCUGGAACAACUGGAGACCCUCAAACGGGAAAAUAAAAACCUGCAACAGGAAAUAAUGGAUCUGACUGAGCAGUUGGGAGAGACGGGAAAAACCAUCCACGAGCUGGAAAAAUCAAAGAAACAGGCUGAGCAGGAGAAGCUGGAGGCCCAGACCGCUCUGGAGGAGGCAGAGGCCUCCGUGGAGCACGAGGAGUCCAAGAUCCUGCGAGUCCAGCUGGAGCUGAACCAGCUGAAGUCUGAGGUUGACAAGAAGAUAGCGGAGAAAGACGAAGAGAUCGAACAGCUGAAGAGGAACAGCCAACGAACCAUCGACACCAUGCAGAGUAACCUGGACGCUGAGGUCCGGAGCAGGAACGACGCCCUGAGAGUGAAGAAGAAGAUGGAGGGGGACCUGAACGAGAUGGAGAUCCAGCUGAGCCACGCUAACAGGCAGGCGGCCGAGUCCCAGAAACAGCUGAGGAACAUUCAAGUCCAGCUGAAGGAGGUUCAGAUUCACCUGGACGAAGCGCUGAGAAACAGCGAGGACCUGAAGGAGCAGGUCGCCCUGACGGAGCGCAGGAGCAACCUCAUGCAGGCAGAGAUGGAGGAGAUCAGAGCGGCUCUGGAGCAAACUGAGAGGAGCCGCAAGCUAGCAGAGCAGGAACUGCUGGACGCCAGCGAGAGAGUGCAGCUGCUUCACUCACAGAAUACCAGCCUGCUCAACAGUCGGAAGAAGCUGGAGGCCGAUCUUUCUCACAUUCAGGGCGAGAUGGACGACAGCGUUCAGGCAGCCAGGAACGCCGAAGAGAAAGCCAAGAAGGCCAUCACGGAUGCCGCCAUGAUGGCGGAGGAGCUGAAGAAAGAGCAGGACACCAGCGCUCACCUGGAGAGGAUGAAGAAGAACCUGGAGGUGACGGUGAAAGACCUGCAGCAGCGUCUGGAUGAGGCCGAGAACCUGGCCAUGAAGGGCGGGAAGAAGCAGCUCCAAAAACUGGAAGCAAGGGUGCGAGAGCUGGAGAACGAGCUGGAAGCGGAACAAAGACAUGGGUCAGAUUCUGUGAAAGGGGUUCGCAAACUGGAGCGCAAGAUUAAGGAGAUCACCUAUCAGUCUGACGAGGACAAGAAAAACAUGACGCGGCUGCAGGAGCUGGUGGACAAACUGCAGCUGAAGGUCAAAGUGUACAAACGACAGGCUGAAGAGGCUGAGGAGCAGGCCAACACUCAUCUGAUGAAGCUGAGGAAGGUGCAGCACGAGCUGGAGGAGGCUGAGGAGCGAGCCGACAUCGCCGAGUCCCAGAUCAAUAAGAUGAAAAUCAAGAGUCGUGACCUGGGGAAGGCAAAAGACAGCGGAGAGUAGUCGUAGCCAUGGAGACGAUGAAGUGUCUCUGAAGCUGAGCUGGAAUACGACACACUCUUUAUUUCUUCAUUUAAAGCCGUUAUCUGUGUGGUUUUAUGGGAUCAUUUAAAUUAUUUUAAUGGGCUACACUGAAUAAACAAGCCAAAUAUUAUUUAAUAUAAUCAGAUUAUCUUGUAUUGAGCAAAAAGAGAAUAUAAUUCUUUAAACUAGCAUUAAAAUCUGUCCACUGAAAGACUGUAAAGGGACUUAAAACUACACAAAAUGCCAGAAAAUGUGGUAAGUAAGUGUUUAUUAGAAGCAAUGAAAACUCUUUUUUAAGAUUUUCUUAAAAAAGGUGUUUUGGUCACUUUAUUGAGCUGAAUUUAAGAAUUUGUACCUUAAUCACAAAAUUAAUAAUGAGCAAGAAAAUUCUUAAUAAGACACAAUUUCUUCAAUCAUAAAAAUAGGUGAUUUUCUCUUAAAUUACGCUGUAAAACCUAAAAUAAAUAUACAGUAAUCAACUUUGCAGCUUUGCCAGCAAAGUGCUGUAUUUAUGGUUUCUACUGCAUUUAAGUAACUUUACAACACAGUUCUGGGUCAUAGUGUCAUUAAAUUAUUGUAUUAGUUUAGUUUAAUUAGUGUAAACACGCACUGGUCCUUUGAAUUAGAAAGUGUAUGAAAGAAGCAAAGAACGAGACAAAGAACAGAAAAAUAAACUUUUAUUUUAAUAGAUAUUUGAAAAGAAACUGCAUAAAUAAUAUUGUCCCUUUGUAAUUUCCUCAUUAUUAUUAUUAUUAUUAUUAUUAUUAUUAUUGGUACAGUAACAUUAUUUAAAUACAGCAUAUACUCUAAAUAAUAAUAAAAUAAAGACUUUUUGUGUGCGUUUUUUUGGCCACCAUAGUUUCUCCUACAAGCUCGGAAGUGGAGGGUGAAGCGAGGGAGUUGCAAUCUGCUACUUCACCACUAGAUGCCACUACAUCCUACACACUGGCCCUUUAAAUGUAAUGUGUUAAUACGACCUCUGGAGGGCAUCAAAGCAGGGGUUUAAAUUCUAUAUAUAUACAUAGUGGCUUUAAAUAUGAAACAGUAAUUAUAACUGAGAGUUGUUUGCUUUGUUGCAGCUGAUGUUUGUUGACUUAAUAUUUCAAUAAAAUAAUAAAACAAUAAAAUCCCACUCUGUGAUUUGUUGUAUUAAUGUAGAGAGAUUUAUAUUAUUGUUGUUAUUGAGAAGCGGAGUUGUUUAUAUGAGUGAAAUGUGAUGAAGAAAACAGAACAAAUGAGUUUUAAUUUUAUAAACAUUUAUUAUUGCUCUGAAAACAGCAAACAAUUUUUUAAUUGUGCUUUAAUAUUUUAUAUUAGGUGAAGAGAUACAGUGAACCUGGUUCUUAAGUUGCCCCUGAGGCUCCAGUAUAAUCCUUUAUAUUACAGAUAAUUACUUUCUAUGUUCAAAUCAAUCAGCAGCUGUUCUUUAAUUUAUAUUUAUUCUCCAAUUAAAAUCACAUUAUUAUUUUACCAUUUAUCUAAAUUCUGUUAUUUGGAAACAUAAAUAUUGUAACUACAGUUUGUAAUCUUCAAGUCGCCAAUUUCAAAUGUAAUCAGUGGUUCCCAACUUUUUAAUCAAUCACUGAGUAAACUGACUGAUCAGAUUUUAUUGAUCCCUGAGAGGAAAAAUAAAAACAUUCAC